CCGAUAUUAUCUUGUUUCGGAUGAACCUAGUCAAUGCAGAAUCAGCAUAUAAGCCACUCACAUAUUUGAAGGCGCUGAGUUAAGAAUUGUUGAUCAGUGAGUUAAGCUGGAUUCUAGACGGGUCUUAAAUUUGGAUCGACUUAGGAGAACUUCAGGGCAUCAAAAAUGAAAGAGCCCAAAGUGGCAGAGAAACAGGUGCUGGAUGACGGCUACGAGCCUGUCGGCAUCGUCACUACCAAAAUGAAGCAACUGGACCCAGAUUGGAUAGAACCACCAUCAGAACAAAAAUCCUAUUUUGAGGAAGACAAGAAAUCGAAAAAGAAGAAAGGCAAAGAUGAAGAUGAGAAACCAGACGGGCCGCCUGCCCCAGCGGCAGUUAGCUUUUUCAAAUUGUUCCGCUUCGCGGACAACUUCGACAAGCUCCUGAUGUUUAUCGGCGUGAUCAGCAGCAUUGCCACCGGCAUUUGCCAGCCACUCAACGUGCUUUUCAUGGGUGACCUUACAGGCGCUAUGGUUGACCAGGCCCUCAAUAUAACUACACUACCACCAGGAAGCCCGAUACCAGAUUGGAUCGCGGAAACCUUUCUCGACGCCGUUGUCCAAUUCGCCGUCAACAACACAAUUUUGGGCGCGGCGAUGUUCCUCUUCUCGUUCACGGCGGUCGCCUGCUUCGACAACGCGGCCAAGCGUCAGAUUAAUCGAGUCAGAGAUUUGUACUUGAAAUCCGCCCUAAGACAAGACAUCGGUUGGUACGACACAAACAUGACAGGUGAUUUAGCCAGCAAGAUGUCUGAGAAUAUCAUAAAAUUGGAAGAUGGUAUCGGUGAGAAAGUCGGCAUGUUCAUCCACUUUAUAAGCGCCUUCCUCGGCUGUAUCGUUUUGGCCUUCAUCAAUGGCUGGGAACUCACCUUAAUCUGCCUCAUCUCUCUGCCCGUGACCAUGAUAUCCGUUGGCAUUGUUGCAGUGGUGACAUCGCGCCUGGCGCGCAAAGAAGUCGAGGCAUAUGGAAAGGCAGGCAGCAUCGCUGAGGAAGUUUUGAGCAGCAUCAGGACGGUGAUCGCGUUCAACGGGCAAAAAAAGGAAUCAGAGAGGUACGACAAGAACCUUAUAUUUGCGCGUGACAACAAUAUCAAACGAGGCUUCUUCUCUGGCCUCGGCUUUGGCAUGCUGUGGUUCUUUAUUUACGCUAGCUACUCGCUCUCCUUCUGGUAUGGCGUUGGACUCAUUCUCGAGGAGAGAGGUCUGCCGCCAGAUGAGGUCCACUACACCGUCCAAGUGAUGGUUACCGUGUUCUUUGGUGUGAUGAUGGGUUCGAUGAACAUUGGCAUGACUUCACCCUACGUGGAAACCUUUGGCAUCGCUUGCGGCGCCGCCGGCUCAGUUUACUCCGUAAUUGAUCGCGUGCCGCCAAUUGACAGCUCAAGCGAGGCCGGCGAGAAGCUUCCCGAAGUCAAGGGGGCAAUCAAGUUCAAGAAGCUGCGUUUCCAAUACCCUUCGCGGCCUGACGUCGAGGUGCUCAAGGACCUCUCCCUGUCCAUCCUGCCGGGCGAGACGGUCGCCCUUGUUGGCUCCUCCGGCUGCGGCAAGUCUACCUGCGUGCAGCUCAUCCAGCGCUUCUACGACCCUGUCGAUGGUAGCGUUGAGCUGGAUGGCCGCGAUAUUCAAACCCUUAAUCUCAACUGGCUGAGAAGUCACAUCGGUGUCGUCGGACAGGAACCGGUGCUCUUCGGGGCCACGAUCAAGCAGAACAUCAGAUAUGGCUGUGAGACUGCGUCUGACGAAGAUAUCAUUCAAGCGACCAAGGACGCCAACGCACACGAUUUCAUCAUGAAACUUCCUCAGCAAUAUGAUACUCUUGUUGGCGAGCGAGGAGCUCAGCUUUCAGGCGGACAAAAACAACGAGUUGCCAUCGCUAGGGCUUUAGUGCGAAAACCUGCAAUACUUCUCUUGGAUGAGGCUACUUCUGCUCUUGAUACGAACAGCGAGGCAAAGGUUCAACAGGCACUCGAUAGGGCCAGUCUGGGACGCACGACCAUCAUCGUGGCGCACCGUCUUUCAACAAUCCGCAACGCAGACAAAAUUGUCGUGCUCAGUGGCGGCUACGUGGUCGAGGAGGGCACGCACAACGAACUAAUGAAAUUGCACGGCCACUACCACGAACUAGUCACGGCGCAACUCUCCUCUGACUUGGAGGUUCACGCCAGAGCCAAAGAGGAAGAGGCCACUAAAGGAGGAGCGCGGCAGAGACUUCUUAGUGAGAGCAGCACACACAGCUCUGAAAAUGUUCAGGCUGUCGUCACGACAGAUGAAGUCAAAGAAAAGGAAGAUGUUCCUAGCGUGCCCCUGUUAAAGAUCAUCAAAACCAACAAGCCCGAGUGGAUUUACAUCGUUUUGGGUUGCAUUACUGCUGCUCUGGUCGGCUUCAGUAUGCCCCUUUUCUCUGUCAUUUUCGGCGACAUUCUCGGCACACUCUCGAAUCCAGAUGCAGAAGUGGUUCGCUCAGAAUCCAACAUGUUCUGCCUUUACUUCCUGAUUUUAGGCAUCAUCAUUGGCAUCUCAAGCUUCAUCCAGCUGUACACGUUUGGGGUUGCUGGUGAGCGGUUGACUCUCCGCCUGCGCUCGCAGACUUUCUCGGCCAUCCUGCAACAAGAAGUGGCCUACUUCGACUCUGAAAUCAACAGCGUCGGUGCCCUUUGCUCCCGACUCUCUGGAGACGCUGCCAACGUCCAAGGGGCGACGGGCAUGAGGAUCGGCACCGUGCUCCAAUCGAUUUCAACCCUCGCGCUCGGUCUCAGCAUCGGUCUCUUCUACGAGUGGAGACUCGGCCUGGUGGCCCUGGCAUUCGCGCCUUUUAUGAUGGUCUCAAUGUUCCUGAUGAGGCGCAUGAUGGUCGGCGAGAACCAAAAGAAUAAAAAGGGAACCACCGGAAUCGAGGAGGCGUCUAGGAUUGCGGUUGAGUCUGUCAGCAACAUUCGCACAGUGGCCGGCUUGUGCCGUGAAAAAUCAGUCCACGUAGAGUACAUGCGAGAGCUCGAAGCCCCGUUCAGAAAGUCCCUCAGAUACUCAUACAUCCGUGGAAUUGUCUUCGGCAUCGCCAGGUCCCUCAUGUUCUUUGCGUACGCCUCGUGCAUGUGCUACGGAGGUCAUCUAAUUAUCAGCGACGGAGUCAGCUAUGCAAGCGUUUUCAAGACCGCUCAGGCUAUCAUCAUGAGCACCAUGUCCGUGGCACAGGCCAUGGCAUUUGCACCAAACUUUUCCAAAGGACUGAUGUCAGCUGGCAAAAUUUUCCAACUGCUUGAACGCAGCCCCGCCGUCAAAGACAAACAAGGAGCCAUUGAGGGACCGCUGGACUCAAAAGGCAAUGUCAACUAUAAGGGCGUCCACUUCGUGUACCCGACAAGGCCGACCGCACCUGUGCUCAAGGGUCUCGAUCUGCUAAUUAAGCCCGGUCAAACAAUCGCCUUGGUAGGCCCUAGCGGCUGCGGAAAGUCCACGUGCAUUCAACUGCUCGAACGCUUCUAUGAUCCUAUCUCCGGCUCUGUGGAAUUGGACGGCCGGGAUAUCAGCGACAUGAAGAUGACCCUGCUGCGCUCCAACUUAGGCAUCGUGUCACAGGAGCCUGUUUUGUUCGAUCGCACGAUCGCCGAUAACAUCGCGUAUGGCGAUACUUCCAGAGACGUGUCAAUGCCAGAAGUCAUCGAGGCUGCCAAGAAAGCGAACAUCCACAACUUCAUAUCUACCUUGCCCCAGGGCUACGAUACACGGCUGGGUGAGAAGGGAACGCAGCUGUCUGGCGGUCAGAAGCAGCGAAUUGCGAUUGCCAGGGCCCUGGUGCGCAACCCACGCGUCCUGCUGCUAGACGAAGCCACAUCUGCCUUGGACACGGAGAGCGAGAAGGUGGUUCAAGAGGCUUUGGAUAAGGCGCGCGAGGGCAGGACCUGUAUUACCAUCGCCCACCGGCUCACCACCAUUCAGGACGCUGACGUCAUCUGCGUGGUCGACAAAGGACGUAUUGCCGAGGCCGGUAAGCACUCGGAACUGCUUGCCAAGGGUGGCAUUUACUACAAGCUGCACGCACUGCAGGGCAGCGCGAAAUAAUGAAUACGUCGGUUCUCUUCUAUUUAUUUUGCAUACUUUACUCAUGGUAAAAUCGGUGUGUAUGUGAGAAAUUGUGAACGGGGAGUUGUGUUGAAAAGCAGAUGUCUUUUUGUGUAUAGGAAAUAAAAAAUAUUUUUGAGAUGGAUAAACAAGAUGAAA